AUGGCUGCCCCCACCCCCGCCACCAAGACUUCCUUCACCAUUGGCACGCGCAAAUCCAAGCUUGCACUCGAGCAGACAGAGCUGGUAGCCGCCGCUCUCAAGAAGACACACCCCGACUAUGAGUUCAACAUCUUCUCCAAGGAGACUGCGGGCGAUCUCAACACGAAAAUUGCGCUGCGUGAUUUUACGACCAAGAAUUUGUGGACUGAGGAGCUUGAGGAAUUGAUGAUCGAUGGACAGGUCGACUUUAUUGUCCACUCUCUCAAAGAUGUCCCCACCGUCCUCCCCGCCACCUGCACACUGGGCCCGAUGAUGCCCCGCGAAGACAGCAGAGAUGUUCUCGUCGUGAAGCAAGGGCUGUCAUACAAGAGCUUGGCGGAAAUUCCCGCUGGCUCCAUCGUUGGAACCUCCUCCAUCCGCCGAACCGCCCAAUUGGCCCGUAAAUACCCUCACCUCAAGGUUCUCGAUGUUCGCGGCAAUAUCGGUACCCGUCUGGCCAAGCUGGAUGCGGAAGACAGCCCUUACACCUGUAUCAUCCUCGCAGCUGCUGGUCUGUUGCGCCUAGAUCUAGGAGAUCGUAUCACACAGUACCUAGACUCGAAGAGCAGUGGAAUGCUUUAUGCCGUUGGACAAGGUGCCUUGGGUAUCGAAAUCCGGAAGGAGGAUACCUUCAUGCAGGAGAUGUUGAGCAAGAUUGGCCACUCGGAAACCACCUACGCCUGUCUCGCCGAGCGCAGUCUGUUGCGAACCCUUGAGGGUGGCUGCAGUGCGCCACUGGGUGUCGAGACUGAGUGGGUGCAAACUGCGGAUGGAUCCAAGAAGCUGCGGAUGCGCUCCGUUGUUGUUAGUGUCGACGGUCAGCAAUGCGCCCAGGUCGAAGUUGAUGGCGAUGUUGAUUCCACCGAAAGUGCAGAAGCUUUCGGUGUCACCGUGGCCAAGGCUUUGGUGGAAGACGGUGCGGGCGCGAUUUUGGAGGAGAUCCAGCGCAACAAGGUGGUCAAGGAGAAUGUCUCCAGCUAA